UAAGAGAAUCAGAAUCGGAGGAGAAGGAGAGAGAGAUAGGAUUGAGAGUGGAUGUCCAACCACAAGUCUAACAAGGUUUCUUCCUCCCUUUAUUUGUCUCAUAUUUGUAAAGAGAAGAAACUCUUUUGGAUUCAAGGCUUUCCUAUUAAGAGUCCAUGUUUGUCUUGUAUGGGUGUUAUACUGCGUUCCUACCGAAGUCUUCCAAAGUGUUACAACUUUGUAAGAUUUGUCCACCGUCAUGUUUUUCCUAGUACAAGUGCGUACAAAAUAGUUCAAAAAAACUUGAGUUCUCGUUUGACUCGGAAAACCAAAGCUCAGUUUCCUUGGCUUAUGACUAUGCAAAGGAGAACUCAUCAACCUUCACCUGUUGCUUCCUCUUCAAGUCUGAUAAAGAUAUCUCCUUCAGAGAUAACUGACUUUUGUGACCAAUUGGAAUCUUAUCAAUGUAACUGUAUUUAUGACUCCAGUACAAUUGAGUUGCAAGUCUUGCGUAAGGUGAAUCCUAUUUUAGCAAACGUAUUGUGUGUAGAAGACUGGGAUACUGUGCAAGAAGAGGCCAAUCAGAGCUAUCCUUGGACCUUUGAAAAUUUGGAGAUAUCUUUAUUUGUAGAGGGAAAGUUUCAAGUUCUUUUGGAAGGUGCCAAUGAUAUACUCACUUUGGAACGUGGAGAUAUCGUUAUCUUUCCCAAAGGUGCAAUUGGACAAGUGACUAUUCUGGAACAGUGUAGAAGAAGGUCUUUGGUUUGUACGGAAGUAGAGUGGAAUACCCGAUUUCACUGUGCUUUGGAUGCACUGAAGAGUAUAGAAGAUGAUAAGCAGUGGCUCAAAAGUGAACGUAUGAAACAACGUUUUCGAAACAAAGAAACUUUUCCUACUUGGGUUGGCUUUGUAUUAGCCGAUCUUAUUCAGUUGGGUGCAGCAUUCUCCAUUUUUUACUUUUGGGAUAAUGGACCUGGAACUUUUAUUAAGAAUCAUAUUUUGGUAUUUAUCUUGAAAAAGCUAAUCAUUCCUUUUGGUAUGUUGAGCGUUUUCUUAUCCAUUCUGGGUCAUCUCUACAUUGGCAUCGAACCACAUAUCAGCAAUGCUAGACUUAAAAAUGGAAUAGAAAACAUUUUCUAUUUUUUGGCACCCUCGAAUAUUAUUGUUGAGAAAAUCAAACAACAAAUGAAAGAGGAAGAAAACAAAACUGAAACUUGGGACAACCUCUAAGUGUCUUCUUCUUAAGAAGGAAUGCUUAUGGCGG